CUGAUGCAAAAGCUGCAUCGAGCCUGGUCCAUUUGGUCCAAGUUUUUGACAACUUUGUGAGUUAUGUACCUGAUAAAUCACCAUAAGCUGGAACGGCUGCGGGAGCCGCUUGCGGGCGAGGCCCUCCGUGUGGCCUCGCCCGCAUCCGUGGUUGGCAAUUCACUUAUAUGGCGUCGCCACACAGGCCGGCAAAAGCUGGCUGCAGCCCAGUCUCUAAAGAAUUUCACUGAGGUGACGUCGCGCAGGAGCCGCGCCCGCAGCUUCCUGGCAGCCCUGGGCCAUGUGGGACACGGCGCGGGCGCCCGCCUCACAAGCCAGUCCGAUGUCGCCGGCCCCGCCGCGGCGGCCUCCGCGCGCGCCCGCCGAUCCCACGUCACCGCAGCAACAGUGACUGCGCCCAGCUCCGAGGCGGGGGCGCCAGGGCAGCAGCACUGGGCUGUGUCGGAGCCGCGCCCGCGCCUGCAGCAGCUCCAGCAGCUUCAGCAGCCGCGGUCGGGGAGUGCGGGGGCGCGGGCGCCGGUGGGCCUGAUGGCGCCGCCGCCGCGGCCCAGGCGACAGACCGACAUGGCGCACCAGCAGCACACCGGCGGCGCCCCGCACGCCGGCGCACAGAACCUGUCAGCCGCUGAGCCCUACCCAGUCGGCCCCACGUCCCGCCGCCUGUGGCGCCGCCGCCUGCCGCCCGCCGCCGCGCCGUCGCCGCCGCCGCUGGUCGUCGCCCGUAGCGCACGGCUGAUGGAGGCUAUGGAGGCGGCGGCGGCUGCCGCGCCUGGGCUCCGGGCCCGCGGGAGCGCCGUCGCCGCCGCCGGCAGUGGCAAGGGGCUGGGCGGCAGCAGUGGCGCAGCAGGAGGCGAGGGCGAGGGCGGGAGAGGCAGCGCCGGCAGCCCCACGGCUCGCGCCGCCGCGGCCGCCAGCCUGCGUGUGUCGUAUGACGGCGCCGCUAGCUCCUCCUCCGCCGCCGCCGCCGCACGCCGCCGCGCGCCGCGGCCGUCGGGCUUCCCAUCUGAGCCCUUCGACGGCAGCGGCGCGCCGCCGGGCCGCCCCACUGCUGGCUCCUCAGGCCCCGGCGCCCGCGGCCCGCAGCCGGAGGUGCACCCGCCCGAGCAGCAACAGGGGCAGGAGGGAGGGCAGGAGGGAGGGCACAGCCGCCACGGCGCCCCCACGGACGCCGGGAGCGGCAGUAGCAGCACCACCCACAGCGCCCACACCAGCGCCAGCGGGGCCGGCAGUAGCAGUCCCGCCGAGGGUCGGCUGUUCAUCGCCAUUCGCGACCAGGCGCACAGCCUGACCGACCUGCGCCGCCUGCAGUCGGGCGCCGCCGCCGCCGGCUGCCUGCUGCCCGCCCACAUGCCCGCGCUGCUGGCCGCCGGCGCCAAGCUGCUGCUGGCGGCGCCGCCGCCAGCGGCAGCGCCGCCGCCGCCACGGCGCCUGACUGUUGGUGCAGCCGCAGCCGCCUACGUGGAUGACGCCGCGGGUGAGCAAGGGCAGGAGCUGCUGCCAGCGGUUCAGGCGCAACAGGCGGCCGCGGCCGCAGCGGAGGCCGACCUGUCCUACCUGUGGGAGCUGGCCGGCAGCUGCCUGCGCCUGGGCCGCGCGCGCGAGCUGCCGCCGCGCAGCCUGUCCACCGCCCUGUGGGCUGUGGCCAAGGCCGCGCCCCGGCUGGAGCCCCUGCGCGCCGCGGCUACUGCCGCUGCUGCCCCUGCAGCCGCUGCUACUGCCCCUGCAGCGACAGCGACACCGGCGGCAGGCUCUCCCGCCAGCUCCGCCGCCCCGACGGCGGCGCGGCUGCCGGGCGGCGGCGAGUGGCGGCGCUGGGCGGGCGCUAUGCUGGCGGCGAGCCAGCCGGCGCUGGGUCGCUUCAGCGGCCAGGACCUCAGCCUCACACUGUGGGCGGUGGCCACACUGGACGCAGCGCUGCCGCUGCAGCAGCACCACGGCGGAGGAGGGGGAGGGGCGCGGACGCAUGAGGCGGCGCCGCCGCCGCUGCUGCCGCCCGGCUUCCUGCGCGACGCGCUGGCGGCGGCGGGGCGGCGGCGGCUGCUGGCGGCGCUGUCGCCGCAGUCCACCGCCAACACGCUGUGGGCGCUGUCGGCGUUGCGCUUCCAGCCGCCGGCGGCGUGGCUGGCGGCGCUGUGCGAGGCCACCGCGCCGGCGCUGCACGGCUACGAGCCGCAGGCGCUGGCGGGCGCCGCCGCCGCCCUGGCGCGGUUCGAGUUCGCGCCGCCGGCGGCCUGGCGGGCGGCGUUCCUGGAGCGAUGCAUGGCAUUGUGGCGGGCGGCGGCGGCGCCGCCGCCGCCAGCUGCUGCCGCCGGGGAGCGGGAAGGCGGCGAGCGCUGGCGGGGUCGCGGCGUGGGCCGGGGGCGGCGCUCGCAGCCCGCGCUGGAGCCGCAGUCGCUGGCGCUGCUGGCCUGGUCCACGGCGCGGCUGGGUCUGGCGCCCGGCGGCGAGUGGGUGGCGGCGCUGGCGGGCGCCGCCGCCGCCGCCGCGCCGCGCCUGAACGGGCAGGAUGUGGGGCACCUGGUGUGGGCGCUGGGCGCGAUGCGGUAUGCGCCGGCCGGCCCCGAGGCGGCGGCGCAGCUGCAGCGGCUGCUCGGCGCCUGGGAGCGCUGCUGCGGCGCCGGUGCGGGCGCGGGCGCGGGCGCGGGCGCGGGUGCGGGUACCGGGGGCGGUGCGGGUGCCGGCAUGGAGCCGCAGCAGCUGGCGGCGUGCCUGGUGGGCUGUGCGCACAUGGGGCUGCAGCUGCAGACAGAGGAGCAGCACCAGCAGCAGCCGGACCAGCAGCAGCAGCAGCAGGCAGCAGGUGCAGCAGGCGGCACGGCGCUGGCGCUGCUGCCGCCGGCGCUGGUCGGGCGCAGCCUCACGCUCAUCCUGGGCCCCGCCGGCUCCAGGGCGGGCGGCGGCGGCGGCGGCGGGGGGCUGGAGGUGGCGAACGCGCUGUGGGCGGCGGCGCGGCUGGGCUUCCGGCCCCCCUCGGGCUGGAUGGCGGCGGCGGUUGGCCGGCUGGCGGCGGCGGUGGAGGCGGAGGAGGCGGAGGAGGCGCGCGGGGGGCAGCUGCAGCUGCACCAGCACCCACACCCACAGCAGGGAGACUCUUACUCGUACUACAGCAGUAGUAGUAAUGGUGCCGGCGGCGGCGCGGGUGCCGGCGGCGGUGGGCAGGUGGGCGUGGGCCCGCAGGAGCUGGCCAACAGCUGGUGGGCGCUGGGGCGGCUGCGGUGGGCGCCGCCGCCCGAGGCCGCCAGCUGCCUGCUGCGGCGGCUGCUGGCGGCGGCGGCGGCGGGCGAGCUGCGCGGGGGGGAGCUGGCCAUGGCGCUGUGGGGCGUGGGGCGGCUGGGGCUGGUGCUGCCCAAGCCCCUGCUGGACCGGCUGGUCGCCAUCGUGCGGCAGCUGGCGGCGGCGGAGGCCGACCUGGCGGCGGCGGCGGCGGCGGCGCCAGGCCCACCCCAGCCAGCCGGAGCACCCGGCGCCCCCGCGACGGCUGCGGCUGCGGCUGUGGUGCCGGCUCGCACGCUGGUGACGCUGCUGCGGGCGCUGUCCGGCAUGGGCGCCGCCUCGCAGCGCAGUACCGCCGCCGCCGCGCUGGAGAGGUCCCUGCGCGGCUGGGCCGCAGCCGCCGCCGCCAUGCGCGCGGCGAGUGGCACGAGGAGCAGCGGCGGCGCCGCCGCCGCUAGCUCGCUCCCGGCCUCUGCUGUCGGGGGUGCAGAAGAAGCCGUUGUGGCGGCGGCGGCCGCGGGUGCUGCCGGCACUGAGGCGCUGGGUCUGUCGGCGGCGGCGGCGGCCGCCACUGCUGCGCCGGCCAGCCCCCGCCAGGUGGCGAUGGCGCUGCAGGCGGCGGCGGCCCUGGGCGUCACGCUGGAGGGCGGCGGGCGCCGCUACGGCCUGGCGGGCGCCGUGGUGGCGGCGGUGCGGCACGUGCUGCUGGCGGCGCCGCCAGGCGCCGCCGCCGGCGCCGCCAAUACGUCCGCCUCGGAGGCGGCGGCGGCAGCGGCGGCGGCGCCUCUGUCGGGUCGUGACCUGGCCAUGGGUCUGGCGGCGCUGGCGGACAUGCGCGCCGUGCUGCCGGCGGCGGCGCUGGCGGCGGCGCUGCGGCGGCUGGGCGAGCUGUGCGCCGCCGCCGACGCCGCCGCGGGCUCUGCUGCAACAGGCGCCGCGGUGCGGGCCUCCCAAUUGCAGCCGCAGGCCGAGCUGCUGUCGACGUCGGACCUGGCGCUGUCGCUGUACAGCCUGGGCCGACUGUUGCAGGCGCACACCGCCGCGCGGCAGGAGGCAUGGGUGGCUGAGACCCAGAACCGCGCCCUGCGCCUGCGGCAGCAGCAGCAGCAGGCAGCAGGCGCUGGUGAGGAUGUGGGCGCGACUGCAUUGCAGCCGGAGCAGGGGCAGCGGCAGGGGCAGGAGGAGCCGCGAGCGGCGUUCCCGCGGCAGUGGGAGGCGGCGCUGCGGCACCGGCCCGAGCUGGCUGUAGCAGCGGCCUCGGUGCUGGGCCACCUGCAGCGCCGCCUGCUGCUACAGCCACAGCCGCUGCCGCUGCCGACUGUUGCCGCCGCCGCUGCUGCUGCUGCAGCCCAGGGCGGCGGCCCGGUCAGGGGCGCGGUGGAGGCGGGCUCUCGCGGCGCGGCGGCUGUGGUGUCCGGCCGCGACCUGGUGCAGCUGCUGCAGGGCCUGGCCGCCACACGACUGGGCGCAGCGGCGGCGGCGGCGGCGGAGCCAGUGGAGCCGGCAGAGGCGGCGGAGCAGCAGCGGCUACCGCAGCAGCUGCAGGCGCAGCGGGCGGCGGUGCGGCGGCUGACGCCGCGGCUGGCGGGCGUCAUUGCCCGCCACCUGGCACACCCGGCCGGCGGCGGUGGCGUGGGCGCUGCGGCGGCGCCGCCGCCGCUGCCGCUGGGCGCGGCGGCGGCCGCCUGUGCGGCGCUGGCGGCGCUGGGUGGCGAGCUGCGCCCGGCGCUGGCGGCGCUGCUGCUGCGGCGGCUGGCGGCGCGGGCGGAGGCGCUGCCGCUGCGGUACAACAGCGGGCCGCGGGGCCGCGACGGCGGCGGGCGGGGCGAGGGCGAUGAUGAGGAGGGCCAGGAGCAGGAGGAGGCGGUGGUGGCUCGGCAGCUGCAGGCGGCGGCGGAGGCGCUGACGGGCAUGGCGGCUCUGUGGGUGGUGCGGCGGCAGCGGAGGCGGCAGCGAACGCGGCCGCGCCGUUCUGUUGGUGGGGUGCGAGAGGAUGAGGAGAAGAACGAGGAGGAGGAGGGUCGCAGGGCAUUGCCGGACGUCCGCACGCGCGGCGGGCGCGCAGCGCUGCGCGCGGCGGCGCGGGCGGCGGCGCCUGGCGCGGUGGUGUCUCUGCGGCGGGAGGCGGGCCGGCUGCAGCAGCUGGCGGCGGCGCGGCGGCGGUGAGGCGGCCGGGCUGCCUGGGUGGGCUUGCUGUGUAGGUGUGGGGGCGUUGGUCCUCAGGUGGUGGUAAUGAAUGCAGAUACAGUCAGGUGCAGGUCAAAGCUGUUGGUUGGCUGUGUCCGGGUGAAGAGAAGGCUGGAGGCAUGCUGUGGGGACAUUGUUUGGUUGUGGGUGGAUGUUUUUUGCGCGUGCCCGGAUUUAGGCAUACUGGCGGCAUGCGGUGUCAGAGGGGGGGCUUAGGACAGUUAGGAGCCGUUUGUACCGUUCGGUACGUAGUACUAGCCAACAGCUGGACUAUAGUGUGGUUUUGAAGUGUCAGCUUAGCCAUUGUUCCUACCAGUGUCCUACUGGUGGUCCGCUUACCUGCCUGACCACCUAUCAAAAGUGCUAUUAAGACUGACGAUGCGAAGCCGAGAAAGCCAGCAGUGAUUGUGAGGUGUGCACAAGGCGGGCGCGUUACGGAUGCUGCCACGUUUUGCGGGGGGUACGUUGGGCGCCAGUCCUGCCGCGUGUUACCGAGCCAGCAUGUGCGCGUGUUUUUGUGUCGGUGCCGCUAAGUUAAUUUCUUUGGAGCUGGAUACGUUGGCGGGCAUGGGAGUCUUUGUGGUGGUGUAAUCAAUGCUCCCUGCGUGCCGGAUUAGAGCGUGCGGGCGUCUGAGCCGCUAAAUGGAUGCGUGUUGCGGCCACCGGCUGGCUCAAUGCCUUAAUGCAAACCGUGUACGCCGUACUUCAUGUACACCGAGCCACCCCCCAUAUCUACCGACGUUCGUGGCUGGGGACCGGGAUAGCAUCGAAUGAUAGAAGUUGCUUUUAGGGUGUGAUGCUGACAGGUCUGUCAUUACACACUUGGUGCCGCACUGCGCCUUGCCUCCUCGUUAGUGCGGGGCAAGCCCUCAACAGCCGCCGCAUGCCCGCACACCUUGAUGGGGCACAGACAAGGCAAGGUCUCGUAACAGUUGGACGUGUUUUAUUACUAUC